GUGAGAUACUGAGAUGAGAUUAAUCAAACAUUUAGGGUCUUAAUUGUGAAAUAAGCAUAUUUUAGAGGGGUUUUAUAAUAAAGAAACCACAAACCAAUUUUUAGAGUGUGUUUGGUGCAAUGGAGAGAGUGACAGCAACAUCGUCUUCUUCAUCGACUCACCUUAUCCACAAUCUUCUUCUCCGACAUCCCAAAGCACCGUCGUCGGUCUGUCUCUUCCUUAGACCCUUUUGCUUCUCCGCUUCAAUCUCUCAAUCCAAUCUCCGUAGCAAGCCCCGCCUUCAAUCAAAGCCGCUUCCUUCUCCUUGCACUUCAUUCGUAGUGAAAUCCUUCUCUUCCAUCGAUGAACCAGAUCUCGAAGAAGACGAAGAGAGCGAGGAUGAAGAUUACAGCGCAGAAGAAUACGAAUACGAAGAAGGCGAAGAAGAAGAAGAUGAGCUGGACAGUGGAGUGGUGGUUUCCGUGAGAGGAAUUGAAGAUUCGGAAGCAUCUGAGAUGGGUUUAGGAGAUAAAGAGGAGAAAACAGAGAAGGCGAAGAAGAAGAGUCGAGGCUCUGCUUUGAAGCUGUCGAUAAAGGAGAAGAAGGAAUUGGCUUCUUACGCACAUAGUUUGGGUGAUAAAUUGAAAUGUCAACUCGUCGGCAAAUCUGGUGUUACUGAUUCAGUCGUUUUCUCCUUCCUCGAGACUCUCGAGAAGAACGAACUCUUAAAGGUGAAAAUACGCAAGACAUCGCCCGAUGAGCUAGAGGAUGCGGUUCAGCAUUUGGAGGAAGCGACUGGUUCGGUAGCAGUAGGGCAAAUCGGGCGGACUGUGAUAUUGUAUCGGCCUAGUCCCACCAAAAUGAAAGCAGAGGCGAAGAAGAAGGAAGUUGAGAGAAUGUCAAUUACUAGAAGGCAGAAAUACGCAAACACUAGACCCACUAAACCCUUUAGAAGAGAAUAUUCAGAGAGACCUGAUGGACGUGGACGCAGAGGCGGAAGUAGAGUUCCAACGGCUUAAAUUUUUACCCGGUUUGUUUGUUAUCAUCUCAAGAGUAGUGAUGCAUUUUCAUUUCUUCAAGAAUACAAUUAGAAAUACAAUCACAUUUGAUCA